AUGUCUACCGCCGAGAGACUCUCGCCCCCACGCCAGCGCAAAUCAGAACCGUCCAGGCCGUCUGCGGCGCAAGCCUUGGGGGAUCUGAAAAAGGACGCGCGAUCCCGGGGUCAAAAAGAAGAUCCAAGACGAGUAGGACCAUGGAAACUUGGAAAGACGAUCGGAAAAGGAUUCUCUGGCCGCGUUAAAAUUGCCAAGCAUACCGUCACCGGCCAUCCAGCAGCAGUCAAGAUCGUGCCCAGACAUCUGAUUCCCAACAGCCGUAUGAGUAUCAAUCAAGCGGGUGCUCACGCCGACAAGAGACUUCUUGGGAUUGAGAGAGAGAUUGUGAUCAUGAAGCUGAUAGAUCACCCGAAUGUCAUGAGGCUAUAUGAUGUUUAUGAAAAUUCGCACGAAAUAUACCUUGUCAUGGAAUUCGUGGAAGGUGGAGAGCUGUUCGAGUUUCUGGUCAGCCGUGGUCGACUUUCUGAAGACGAAGCACUCAACUACUUCCAACAGAUAAUCCGUGGCGUUGAUUAUUGUCACCGGUUCAACAUCUGCCACCGAGACUUGAAACCAGAGAAUCUGCUUCUCGACAAAGCUAAUAAUAUCAAGAUAGCCGAUUUCGGCAUGGCGGCUUGGGAAGCGUCUGGGAAAUUGCUCGAAACCUCAUGUGGAUCGCCGCAUUAUGCUUCUCCUGAAAUCGUUGCUGGAAUCAAUUACCACGGCUCUUCCUCGGACAUUUGGUCAUGUGGCGUCAUCUUAUUCGCCUUGCUCACGGGCCGACUUCCUUUCGAUGAUGAAAAUGUCAGCGACCUGUUGACAAAAGUAAGAAUCGGGGUUUUCAACAUGCCGGCAGAUAUAUCUCCAGCCGUUCAAGACUUGAUACGGAGGAUGCUGAUCGUAGAUCCUACCAAACGUCUUACGAUGGAAGAAAUACAGUCACAUCCAUGGUUUACACGCAUCCAGCCCAAAACCCAGCCCUCGCACAUCAUCGCUCCUACUCGAGAUCAAAUGUGUAAAUCAUUCGGUCGUCCAGAAGAACUAGACCCAGACAUAGUCUCCAAUUUGCAAACUCUGUGGGGUGGUGCAGAAAAAACAUUGAUAGUGGAAGCUCUCGUAUCGAGCGAGCAAUCCUGGGAGAAGGUUUUCUACUUUCUUCUAGAAAAAUACAAACAGCACCACUUGGAUAACUUUGGUGAUGACGCGGUUGAGUUCUCCCCUUCGGUAGCAGCGCCAGCCGGCGGUAGAUCGAAAUCCAAGAAGCCUCCUCGGGAGCAUAUUGUUAGGACGGGUGCAGGUGCAGUUCGCAGUCGCUCCAGACAAUCCAUUGCCAGUUUGAAUCGCCGCUCUGUCACCCCACGAGUCGGAUCAAAUGGCACUUCUCAUCUUGUUGCUACUCGCCCCGCUCCUUCGACUCCAGGGACAGCUGCAAAGGGGAUCGAGACCGUUGAGAAUGGCGAAAGAGCAGGAUCAGUACCCCCGCACAACAUCCCGGCACCCAAUGAGCGAGCCGGUCCAAAUCCGACGACGCCCAGAAGUCUUAGGCCACAGCCCGAAGGUCCUCUUUCCAACCAGCAGCCUUAUUCCGCUAUAAAAGCCAGUCAGAACCCUUCCUCAACACCAAAGAGAGGCCCUGAUCAAGGCGUAGCAUCUGCUGUCCCCCGAAUUCUUUUACAGAAGGCCACUCCAUCACCCGCUCAUCGGAAGCAACGUAACUCAGUGGAUGUAAAACCAGACUCUUUCAGCCCGAAAAACAGUUUUACCCCUUCACCUAGCCCCAAGCCAGUUACGUCUCCCACAGCUUCCAUAAGAAUACCGCAAACCGAAGACCCGGCGAUGCGACGGUUCUUUCAUGAUAUCGUGGAUCAACUUCAAACUAUGUCGAAUCGUUCUCCCAACCUACACGAAGGAGCUCUCGGAGGUUCUGCGCCCACCUCGCCGUACCUGGACUCAGAUGGAUUUGACUCGUGCUCAGGAGCGAAUCAAUUUGAAGAUGCCGAAGAAAUUGACUCGGCAGGAUUCGAGAGUUACGAGCAAGAGAACUCCUCUAGUGGAUCUCUUUCCUAUUCGCAGCGUAAACCUGAUGGUAAACGGUCAUCAGGUUUUGUCCUGGUGGAUGACUCUUCCCGAAUUCCCAGUGCCGUCAAUCAGAAUUCACGGAUUCAGAAACUCUCGAUCCUUAGACCCCAUCGUAAUCCGGGAUCUCGCGCUCAAACACGUGCUAUAGCCAAGCAACAAGAUAUGUCCGCGUGGAAUACCGAGCAAGAAUCUGAAGACAUCCACAACCUUCACGAGAAGACGUCCACCCGCGGCGUGUCCUCGUCUCAAAGGUCCAAGAAAAGUGCCAAUUUUCCUGGCAACAAGGAGAAUUCACGUCUGUCUACUUAUCGACAUGCACCCCAGCCCAAAGUCAACAAGGGCAAAGGUAAAGCGGCGAUGGGAUUAACAAUUCAACCUACCGCUCACUACUCUCCUGGCUUCGAUCAUUCGAGUGAGGGAAGCCGUAAAUCUAGCCGAUCAAGCCGCCGAAGUAAAGGUGGCUCUCCGUCACCACUUUCCCCUGCUUCGUCGGCAUUCACUGAUGACGCUGGACUCAUGAGUCCCAAAGUCUCUUGGUUCACCAAUCUAUUCUCAUGGAAACAGGCGAACUAUCGCUUGAUGUCACUCGAAAGCUGUGAAGAUAGUAGGGUUGAAGCCAAGAGUCUGCUCGAGGAUCUAGGUUGUCUCGUCCUACUGGAAAGAUCUGAGGUCGGGGAAGUUCUAAAGUGCCAAUUUGAAGAUCAUUCUGGAGGCUCGCUGCGACCAGUGAAAUUCAAGGUGGAGUUCGUCCGGCAAAGCGGCUCAACUCCUGAAAUCCAAACCAUUUCAGGAACAACCCACUUCGCGCCGAAAAGUCCGUUGGUGUACCAGACAUGUAUGUCCUUGACCAUCGAAAAAGGAAGUGCGCCUUCAUUCAAGUCGAUUUGCAAUGCUCUGAGGAAGGUCUGGGAUUUGGACUUGCCUAAUCAUCAACCUGUGGGGUUGGGUGUUUGUAUGCAGCCUCAGCAUAGCGUAUCGCCUACCCCGAACGCAUCUGGGUCCAGGGCAAGGGGCCAUUACUGA